UAUUGCUUCUGCAUCUUCAUUGCAGGUAAUCCUGGACACAGAAUCCUGCUGCAAUAAUUCAUCAGUCCUGUCAUAAGGUUCCGUUGGUCGCCAUGGUUACUGGAUAAGGUGAGGAAUCGAGAGGACCUUGUCUGAAGUAUUGGGUGCAGAAGUCAAGACGUGAGACAGGGUACCAUAUAAGGGCUACCCCUUCCAAUUAAGGUCAGACACAAAAUCUGACAGAAAACACAUCCACGUCCGUCGUAUCUCUACCCAGGCAGAUGUCACAGCAAUCUGUUACCAUGGAAAUGAGCUAGUUUCCUGAGAGAGGACAACCUGAUAGCAGGGAAGAGCAUUCUGUGGAGCAUCAGGCAUGCCGGGGUUGGCAGGAGUGUUCCACCAAGUGAUGCAGCAUUAACGCAAUUUCCUUAUGGAAGUGAAGAACCUCUGCUGGAAACUACAAGGCAAGUCUCAUAUUCUGUCAGCAAGACCUUAAGGAGUCCUGGCAAGAAAGCUGUUGGAACUGCUGGAAUGUACCCAAUGAAAUGCAUUGCAGCUAGGUUGACUUGUACAUAGAGGAACCCAGCCUUUGGAUUUAACCAUAUUGGCAGGAGACCACAGAGGCAAGGGGAAGGCUGACCAAACGAUGGAGCCAAUCGAGAGCUGCCGCUGCCGGUGGCUGAGAAUGGAAGACAGCCCCAGCUGCUAGAACCUGUCGGUAAGAAGUGAGAGACUUGCUUCCUCUGCUUACACCAGGACCCUGUUUGUAGCCUUGAACUGUUCUAAAGGUCUUCGCACCCUUGACAGAAGUUUUCUUCCCACACGGAUACACUGCUGUUAUCUGUCGCGAUGAAGUUGUACUGCAUGGCCUUGCUAAUUGCCUGUUAGAAGGAGUCUGCCCACAGAUGCCCGACCCUGCCCGGAGUGGAACAAACCAGAAGCCCCCAGCCCAGCCGCAGGGUGUGGUCCCUGCCAACUGCCCGAAUAUGUGUACGUGCGACCCCAGGGACCAGUCUAUCACCUGCAAGCGGGAGGGGUUCACCGCAGUUCCCGCUGAGAUUCCGAACCAGGUGGUCACGUUGCGUCUUGUGCAGGACAAGAUCAGCAUCGUCAAUCGGAAAGACUUUGCCGGUCUGACCAGGCUGAACUACCUGAACAUGAACAACAACCAAAUCACAAGCAUCGCACCCGGGUCCUUCCGAGACCUGAUUCGUCUGAAUGGGCUGAGGUUAUCGGGGAACCGACUGCAGCUGUUGCCGCGGGGUGUUUUUCAGGGGCUGGCCAACCUGACCAAACUGCACGUGGAUGGCAACCAGCUGGUGUUACUGAUUGAUAACUUGUUUCAGGACCUGACAUCACUGGAAGUGUUGGACAUCAGUAGCAACCCCAUUGUUUUUGUAUCACCCAGAGCCUUCUACGGACUGGUGUCCCUACGGCAACUUUUCAUGACAGGUAACAACCUUACAGCGAUGCCCAGCAAGGCAUUCUACUACAUCCAGAACCUGAAGUGGCUGACAUUCCAACAGAUGCCUGCAAUGGCUGUCACAAGCGACACUUUCCAGUACCUCCCACUUCUACAGAACCUGGACCUCAGCAGGUCGUACAGCCUAAGCUCCAUCUCUGAUGACGGUCUGAACCAGAUGAACCUCAGCAUGCUGAUCCUCAACAACUGCAACUUCUCGGCAGUCCCUAGCAAUGCCUUCUCUGGCCUGGAAAAUCUCCUCAUCCUACAGCUCUCGUACAACCCCAUCUAUGAGAUUCAGCCGUACGCCUUUAAGAACCUGACCAGUCUUCAGGAGCUCAUGCUGGACAACAUGCAGCUGCGCUUUGUCAACAGGAGUGCCUUUCGUGGCCUGCCUAACCUACAGACACUUAACAUCACUUACAACAAAUUAGCGUAUUUACGUCAGAGUAGCUUCGACUCCAACCCGUCUGUUGUCAAGCUGUGCAUGGAGGGGAACCCGUGGGACUGUGGCAGCUGUGACAUGCGGUGGUUGGACUUUAUACCUGACUGGUGCACAAACAAUGUCACCUGCAUCAACCCUCCCAACCUGAAGAACCAGAACCUCCUCGACUACAUCCCCAGGCUGAAGAUGGACACAAGUAGGUGCAUAAAGCCAGAAGUCACCAUCAGGCAGGGGGGAUACGUCUGCUUUCCUGAACGGAGCACGGCCGUGUUACAUUGCAACGCCUCGGGGAGCCCCGAACCCUCCAUCAUAUGGAUUGGGCCAGAUAGAACUAUACUGAGAGCACCAUCUCUGGUUUCCAACAUGGCCGUGUCGGAAUUUGGUACGUUACGGAUAUACCGCAUAUCCCCCUCCCACGAGGGAACAUACUCGUGUAUGGCACACAAUGUUGUGGGGAACAAAACUGCAUAUAUAGACGUCACAGUGGAACCCAUGACCACAUUAGCACCCACACCUAGUCCUCCAACAGUCAAGGAUAACUCCAGUGCAUCAGCUGGAGCCCAAUUAGACAACAAAACCACUCUGACGACAAUACUGGCCAGCUUUAUGGGCUGUUUUUCCUUCUUCGGUGUUGUUCUACUGUGUUGUUUUAUAUUCAGUGUCUGGUCCAGGGGAAAGAACUACAAGCAGGACGGUAUUGAAAUGACGUACGUUCCCAACAGGCAGCCAGAGAACAAUGUGAACAUGAUCCCCAACCCCCGGAAAGAAAACAAUGCUGCGCGAGUUCGGAUGGACAUGAAAUUCAGCCGGAUAUGACUAGCAGAGGAGGAGGUUGAGGAACUGCAAGAUGUGGUAUGAAGUCGACAUACCUGUGAAAACUGUAUUCUGGCAAGAAACGUAACACUCAGUCAGAUGUCAGGAGUGACAGAUCAGAUGAAGAUACCUCAGGAAAUGGAAACUAAGGGUUCAUAUCUGACAGGCCGUCAGGUAUGGUGCAGGUUAACUCUUCUACGAGCCAGGAAUAUAACCGAAGAUUUGAGAUUGAGAUGUAAGGUAGUUACAUGUACCUACUACGUGCAUGGGAAAGACAAGGCAGGAUAUUUGACCAGCUCCAGGUACAUGUAAGAACGAGGCACUCAGCAACCCGGCUGGGUGAACAUUCUCAACUUCCUCCAUAGCAACACAAAAUGACUGUAUGUGUAAGGAAAUUUUUAAUAGAGGUACAAGGAAAUAGCUAGACUGAAUGUGGCAGCACUUUGCAUGCUGGUUCAGUGAUUUAUCCCUUAUCACAGAUAGCUUGGUACAGUGGCAGUGUGUGUACAAAGCUGUUCUCUAACUCUACCUACUGCACUAUCCCUGCAGAGGACACUCAUCACACUCAAUCAUUCUGCAGAAGUGCAGGAAUAUGCACACUUUCAUGUGUCUUCAAAUCAUCCUAUUUUUCCUACAAUCUGGAGAAGGUAGAUGGCAGUAAAACAUGGUCCAAUUUUCUUUGAAGAUUUUGAUACAGCAGUAGGUCUAUUAGCAGUUUACAUGUACACUGUAUUCCUUAAAUUUGGUUUGAGCACAGACUGAACUGAAGAUGGACGGAAGAACACCGGGAUGAUGCAUACAUGUAUGUAUGACACUAUCUGCUACCAGCUGUAAAGGCCCUGGAGAAGCUGUGAUGUAGAACCUAAUCUGCAGGCAAUGUUGUGUUUUCCUGGGAAAAGGAUGAUCAUUCAAUGGAUCUGCUGCCAUGUUACAUACAGUUGCAGGCUGCUGCCCAACUCACCUUACAGGAGUUUGGCUUGCAGCAUGUCUGUUCAGCAGGAGGCAAAACAUCACCACGUAGGAGUGAAAACUUCUCCGAUUGCUUUUGUUGCCUUUAAGGAAAUUAAUGUUGAUCGCGAUCUUGAGUUCCCGAGAUGCAUCAACUGAAUAAAUCCAUCACAAGACCCAAUCUCUACUGCGAUGGGAACAUCAUAAACUGUUCAUCAACCUGCUCCAUCUCC